AUGGCAAGUACGGAAGAAAAAAAAGUACCGAUUGAAAAAGUCGCUCAAGUUACUUCGGACACUUUGACUCAACAUGCAAAAGAAAUCCACGAUCUCCAAGAAUCUAUAAAAAGUCUUCAAUCUCAAUUACCAGAAGACAUUCAAACCUGCCAGGAUGUUUUCAACAAAGGAUUAUUAUCGACUGAAACUAAACUAAAAGCUGACAUACAUGAACUGAGAGAAAUGGUCGCAGACAUUCAACAACAUUUUACCUCACCCAAUCCUGAAUCUUUACCUACUACAAAGGUCAAUCAUCAUACCCCUACGGUACCCACACGUCAAUCGACUGAUCUGAAUACACCUUCUACCCAUUACAUCUCACCUGCAACUCUGGGCACACAAACUAUUGUUGUUCCGCCUAUCUCUUCCUUUCCAACAUUUUCGGGAAAAUCAACGGAUAGACCGAGGCAAUUCUUAUUACGUGUCAUAGAAUAUACACGAACUAUUCAUAAAUGGUCUAUUAACACGUUAUUGCAGGGAAUUUCUCAGUUUCUAAAGGAUGCAGCUCUCGAAUGGUAUUGUCAACUCUAUAAUACAAAUAGCUUACCCGAAACGUGGGACGAGUUUGUCACACAGUUUCUGGCACAAUUUCAUUCACCACUUCGCAUCGCACAACAGGAACACGAAUGGGACGAAUGUAAACAGCAAGAAAAUGAAACAAUUAAUGAGUUCGUUGUUCGCCUCCGUUCACUUUGGCUUGAACAGAAACCUGACGAAACUGAAAUCGAUUUUAUCAAACAUCUAUUCUGCAAAAUGAGACCUGAUAUGCUAACACUCAUGAACGCUAAUCGUUCACAAACUCUAUCCAACAUUAUCACGGAAGCUCAACAAGUGGAAGAAAUAUUAU